CACAUGCUGUUUCCAUGGGCUGGCGUGAAUAGUCCUGGGACUGCUGUUGUGUGGUGGGCCUGUUGAUCCCAGAAAUCUCCACAAAGCCAUAUGACCUCCCCCGGCUACCCUGUUAUCAGCACCCGAUCUAACUAGUUCUCCCGAGUCAACUCCAUCUCCAUGUAGACCGACCUUUCCAAAGUGGAAUUUGGCAUCCGCGUCAACGGCUGGAAGCGUGUGGUUUUCAAGACAGUCAACGACAGCAUGCUAGCACAGCGCGAGCUGUCGUUCUAUCACAUGGUGGCAGGCACCGAGUCAGAGCAUGUAAUGCAGCUAUUGGACGAAUUUGCCGACAACUCGAGCAAGCAUGUAAUGGUAUUCCCGCGCAUGAACCCGCUCAACAUUCAGGGCCGUGACCUGUUUGACAUUGCGUACCUGGCGCGCCAGCUGUUCAUUGCGCUGGAGGACCUGCACCACCUCGGCAUUGCGCACCUGGAUAUCACCCCAACCAACCUAAUGGCUGACCCGAAGGACCCCUCGCACAUUGAGCUGAUUGAUUUUGGCCUGGCCUGCGACCUGUCGGCCACUGAGAGCGGGAGGCUGCCGAGCCGUGGCACAUGCGGGUUUGUUGCGCCUGAGGUUCUGUCGGGUGAGGCCUGGGACCUGCGUGCAGACAUAUAUAGCGCCGGUGUGGUCCUGGGCAUGAUGCUACAGAACUACCUGCCUACCGUUGAACUGCGUCUGCUGGGCGGCCCUCUGAUUCGCUCCGACACCACCGACGUGAUCAUUUCGCAGAUAGACGAGCUACUUGAUGCCUACGAGUACACCCCCGGCCAGGCCGAGUUCAUCGAGCGCCAAACCACGUUCACUCCCAAGGCUGUGCCAGAACACCGCCGGUCAAGCAUCCCCAACGAUAUGAAGCCGCCAGCAAAGAAGGCAGCUGGCGAGGACCCACGGCCGCAGGCAGAGCAUACUGCCCACACCACUAUAUCGCUGCCUGCCCAACAUCCGUCCAGCUCACCCAGGUCCUAUAUGCCACGCCACACACACACAUACUCCGACGAGGACAACGAGGCUGCUGCCUUUGCUGCUGCUUUCGUUGGCGGCGGGUCAUCCAUGUACAGCGGAUACUGCGACAUGGAUGAUACGGACAUGUUGCCUGAUGCCGGCCGCCCCACUGGCCAGACGUUCUACAGCCGCAAUAGCUACUCGACUUCACAGCUGGGCUGCUACGUCAGCACCAGCAAGGCAGAAAACGAGCCCCGGUACGCACACAGCAUUGGCGCCUGCGACAUUGACAUUGACAGCGGCAUAGAGACCAGCUACCCUAACAGCACUGGCUACUACCUGUCCCCCAGUACCACCCCAGUACACUUGUCCUCCCGCGACCCAACCACGUAUGGUGCCACCCGUGGCAACAGCCUGCCGGAGAUCUUGGAGUCGGCCCCCAAUACCCACUCCAGCAGCCGCUACGCGUGCUCCAAGUCCAAGAAGCCAGCGUUUGCUGUCUCGGUUAUACGCCCCACCGCGUCGACGCAGUCCAGUAGCUCGACGGGCUCCUCAACCCCCCGCAAGCUCGGUCGUGUGCCUCUGGCAGUCCUCCAUGCCGCCGACUUACUGCGCUGGGCCCUGCAGGCCAAGCCCCAGUGCCGGCCGACGGCUUCACAGGCGCUCGAGCACCCGUUCUUGGGAUCUGUCACGAUCAAGCCCCGACGCCGCCACACCAACAAUGCUGUAACAAGCUACGAGCCACCGUUGGCAGGGGCCCAUGCUGACAGCGAGUGCGUCGGUGUGCCAGUAUGCCGCCUGCUGAAUACCACAAAGGCAAGUUCACGCAUCAUGGCUCUGUCCCAGGACGACGGGCUGUGUGUGGCCUGUGCCAGUCGCACUACCGCAUCUCCACUCCACGACGACGAAGACAUUGGGGGUGGUGACAUUGUGGAAAGUGCCCGCAUGUCAAAAGCUUGUGCUGGGCAGUCUGUGUGCUCGACCAAGGUUUCUUCACCCACUGCAUCUAAAUCGCCGUCACCUUCCGGCUCCGUUUCCUCGACAGUACGGGAUGAGGGCAUUUUCAAAAACUCAGCUGUGUGUGAGAUACAUGUGUGGGAGCGGGAGAUGCACUCGAAGCUGUCGCGCACAUCCCGCGGUGGAUACGACCGUAUGGAUGACGACAGGCACCACUAUGGCGGUGGGUAUUCCAGCAGCAACAAUGCCUGCGAUGACGAGGUGUCUCACUUCUACUCGGCCAAAACCGGCUACGGUGACAACGACGACGACCUGACCAACUACUACUACUGCUGAGAUUUCCUAGUUCCUUGCACAUUUUUACCUUUUGAUAAACACGAAUUGUGUCAACUCGGCUAAGCGUUGCGAAGCGGCAAGAACCGCACAGCACCAGCUGGGUAGGAGCUAAUCCUUGUUGCAGGAGCCGCUACUUAAAAGCGAAUCCUCAUAAAAAGAGUAAUUACU